AUGAGAAAACGCAAGGGAAGAGUCUUUUCCGUGGGAAGCAAGGAAUCAAACACAAUGGUUCCAGGAUUGUGGGGAUUCGCAGGCACAGCGAUGGCGAGUCUUAUGUUCUUCCGGUCAAUGUACUCACAGUUUGUGCCGUGCGAACUCCAAGCCUACAUCGAGAAAUUCGUUUACAAGAUGAUGGGAUGGGUCUCGAUCAAGUUCAACGAAUACACCGGAGAAGGUCUCCAGAGAAGCAAAGCCUACGACUCGAUACGCCAUUACCUAUCUGCGACUUCGACGGCUCAUACUCAGAGAAUGAAAGCCAACGAGUCUAGAAACAGCAAAUCGUUGGUGCUUAGUAUGGACGACCACGAGGAAGUUGAAGAGUUUUUCGAAGGUGUGAAGGUGAAGUGGUAUUCGAGCACGUACAAGGUAGAGAAUAGGGCUAACGCGAUGCCGAGAAGAUACUACACUCUAACUUUCCAUAGACGACACAGAAGGAUGAUCGUAGAGAGAUAUAUGGAGCAUGUUUUGAGAGAAGGUAAGGCGAUAGGAUUGAGGAACAGAGAGAGGAAGCUCUACACUAACAACUCGUGUGACGAUUGGUCUUAUUUCACGGAAGGAAAGUGGGGAAACGUUCCUUUUAAUCACCCGGCUACGUUCGAGACUUUGGCUAUGGAUCCCGAGAAGAAGGAAGAGAUUAAAAAGGAUCUGCUUAGGUUUAGUAAAGCUGAGGAUUACUAUAGGAAAGUUGGGAAAGCGUGGAAGAGAGGUUAUCUCUUGUUUGGACCUCCCGGGACAGGGAAGUCUAUGAUGAUAUCGGCAAUGGCGAAUUUCUUGGAUUACGAUGUGUAUGAUCUUGAGCUAACGACCAAGGAAGUUAGAGUUACAUUGUCGGGGCUGUUAAACGCCAUUGAUGGGUUAUGGUCAUCUUGUAGUGGUGAGAAGAUCAUAGUGUUCACGACGAAUUUUGUGGAUAAGCUUGAUCCGGCAUUGAUUCGCAGAGGGAGAAUGGACAAACACAUUGAGAUGUCUUAUUGCAAGUUUGAAGCAUUCAAGGUUUUGGCCAAGAACUACUUGGACAUCGAGUCACAUGGCUUGUAUGGAGAAAUCGAGAGAAUGCUAGAGGAAACCGAUAUGUCUCUGGCUGAUGUUGCUGAGAAUCUGAUGCCCAAAUCUGAUGAGGAAGACGCAGAUGUUUGCUUGAAGCGUUUGGUAAAGUCUUUGGAGGAGGAGAAGGAGAGAGCAAAGAAGUUGGCUGAGGAAGAAGAGGAGAAGAAAGCGAAGACUAAAACAGAGAAAGAAAAGAAAGAGAGAGCAAAGAAGUUGGCUGAUGAAGAAGAGAAGAAGAAAACAGAGGAAGCAGAGGACGAAACAUUGAAACCACCCUAA